GGGACGGUUUGAGGCUUCAAACCGAGACUCGAGAUUAUUCUUCACCGGCAGAUUUUAAGAGAGAGAGUUUCGGUCACCGAGAGGAUUAAAACCGAGUUUAACCAAAGGACGCGAAAACACGGAGCUAAUAGCUAACGGCUAACGGCUAACAUGGCCGAUUCAGCUUCACAGAACCGCUAUGAGCGUCUGACAGCAGAGCAGAUGGAUGAGCAGAGGAUCCAGAACGUGGCCUACCAGUACCUGUGCAGGUUGGAGGAGGCCAAGAGGUGGAUGGAGGCGUGUCUGGGGGAGGAGCUUCCUUCUCCCACGGAGCUGGAGGAGGCGCUGAGGAACGGAGUCGUUCUCGCUAAACUGGGUCAUCGAUUUGCUCCCAACGUCGUCCCCCUGAAGAAGAUCUACGACCCCGAGCAGCACCGAUACCAGGCUGUGGGUCUUCAGUUCCGUCACACCGACAACAUCAACCACUGGAGGAACGCCAUGACGACCUUAGGACUGCCGACGAUCUUCCAUCCAGAAACUACAGACGUGUACGACAAGAAGAACAUGCCCCGAGCCGUGUACUGCAUCCACGCACUCAGCCUUUAUCUCUACAGACUGGGUUUGGCUCCACAGAUCCACGACCUCUACGGGAAAGUCAAGUUUACUGAGGAGGAGAUCAACAACAUGAAGCUGGAGCUUGAUAAAUACGGGAUCCAGAUGCCGGCGUUCAACAAGAUCGGAGGAAUCCUGGCCAAUGAGCUGUCAGUGGACGAAGCUGCAGUACAUGCAGCGGUGAUAGCCAUCAACGAGGCGGUGGACAGAGGGGACGUUGGCGUCAUGGCGGGGGCUCUGAGGAAUCCUAACGCCAUGCUGAGCGACCUGCAGGAGGCGCUGAUGAGCGUCUACCACCAGAUGCUGCAUCAGGCUAAGAGAGGGAAAGCUCAACAUGCAGCCGGCAGGUGUGGAGGUUCAGAGGAGAAGGACAUCUAUGAGGAGUAUCUGACUCAGAGAGAGAUCCAGGAAAACAUCAACAUCGUCAACGUGCGAUCAGCGGUGGAGCAGGUGGAUGAAGCUCUGGAAUCUGCAGAUGAACUGUCCCUGCUCUCUGCUCUGCAGCUGCCAUGUUUGGCCCUUAGGGGCCUCCGUACUGACAAUGGCCCCUGGUACCUGGACCAGCUGUCGGCGGACCGCCAGCAGAAGGCGCUGGAUCAGGGCUGUGUCGACCCCCUGGAACCUGACGAGCUGCAGGAAGCUGUGACCAUCGCCAACCAGGACGCCCAGAGAGCCAAGAACAUGCUCGCUGCAGUGCAGAGUGUUAAUGCAUCGUUGCGUGGCAGCGACCCCAGACACACAGUCAGCUGUCUGAUGACCUCUGACCUCCAGUUGCCCGAAGUGUUUCCUUUUGCUGCCACUCUGUAUCACAGAGAACUGCAGCUGCUGCAGAGACAGACUCCACAGGGGGAGCUGCAGCAGGAGGAGCUCUAUGUUGCCGUGGAGAUGCUGUCAGCUGUCGCCCUCAUCAAUCAGGCCAUGGGGGCGGGAAGCCUGCAGCAGUUUAGCUCCUCAUUGGUCAGUCCAUCUGCAGGACUCUCUGAUGUAGACGACACCCUGCUGGACAGGUACUUUGAGUGUCUGGUUGGUGUGAAGCAGGAGAUGAGCAGAGAUCUACUGACCUGGAAUCAGCUGCAAGAAGGAAUCAACUCUGUCAACAGCUCAGUGCAGGACGAACACCAGAAGCUCCUGGCUGUGGGAGUGAUUAAUGAGGCUGUGAUCAGAGGAGACUCUCAGAAGCUGCUGUCUGCUCUGCUGCUGCCCUCCUGUGGUGUAGAGGAAGUUCUACCUGCCAACACCUGCAGAUACCUGACCCUGCUGAGCAAGGCCAGGCAGCACAAAGCCCAGGUGAGCAGAGACCCAGGAGCUGAGCUGUGGUUGGCUGAUAUCCAGGAAGGAGUGAGGAGAGCCAAUCAGCAGAGUCAGAGAGCGUUGAAGGUGUGUCUGUCAGUCGCAGCAGUGAACCAGGCUGUGAAGGAGAACAGGGUGAACCAGACUCUCAGAGUUCUGUCUCUACCUGAGGUGGAGCUGCAGGGACUCAUCUCUACCUGUGCUGCAGAAUAUCAGAGAGAGCUGCUCAUCUUGUUUUGGUGUAAACUGUGUCCAGGAGACAACAGGAGUCCGUGGGUUAGAGUCCGGCUGGAGGACGGCUCCUUUUAUUACUUCCACCUGAACCGACUGGAGGGAAGCUGGGAGAGACCGACCGGCUUCGUACAGAACAGUGUGUUCAUCGACAGAGAGGAGAUAAAGGAAGUCAUCAGCAGUGUGUCGGGCUCGUACAGUCGCAGCGUCCUCUGGAAGAGCAGCGAUGCCCUUGUCGUUCGUCUGCAGGCGGCGUGUCGAGGGUUCCUGGUCAGACAGCAGCUGGAGGUGCGGCGGCGUUACCUGAUCAGUCAGACACCUGCUGUCAUCGUCAUCCAGUCUCAGUGGAGGAGGUUUGUCCAGCAGAGGGCGUACAGACGGCGGCUGCAGUUCCUCUACAUGAACUGGCGAGCUGCGGUCAAGAUCCAGUCAUGUGUGAAGAUGUGGUUGGCCAAGAGGAAGUAUCAAGCUCGACUGAGGUUCUUCAGACGUAACGUGGGCGCUAUCAUAAAGAUCCAGGCCUUCUUCAGAGCCAGCAGAGCCCGAGACCAGUACAGGAUGCUGGUGCACUCCGACACGCCCCCCCUGUCUGUGGUCAGGAAGUUUGUUCACCUGCUUGACCUGGGCGACGGUGACAUCAGAGAGGAGGCGGAGCUUCUGCGUAUGAGGGAGGAGGUGGUGAGAAGCAUCCGCUUCAACCGGCAGCUGGAGGCUGACCUGGACCUGAUGGACCUGAAGAUUGGCCUGCUGGUCCGGAACAGAGCCACGCUGCAGGAAGUUGUGUCUCACUGUAAGAAACUGACGAAGAAGAACAAGGAGCAGCUGUCGGACAUGAUGGACGUGGAGAGAAGUAAAGGGCUGAAGGCUCUGAGCCGAGGGAGGAGGGAGAGACUGGAGGCCUACCAACACCUGUUCUACCUGCUGCAGACCCAGCCUCUGUACCUGGCUCAGCUGAUCUUCUUGAUGCCUCAGAGUCGCUCCACCUCCUUCAUGGAGAUGUUGGUGUUUAGUUUGUUUAACUACGGCUCCGACCGCAGGGAGGCCUUCCUGCUGCUGCAGCUGUUCACUGAGGCUCUGAGAUACGAGAUCAGGCUGAAGGUGGAGCAGCCUCAGGAUGUGGUCACAGGUAACCCCACCGUCAUCAAGAUGUUGGUGAACUUCUACCGUCACGCUCGCGGUCACAACGCCCUGCGCGAGGCCUUGGGUCCGGCGCUGCAGGACGUGCUGCAGGACCGGACCCUCAGCAUCAGGACAGACCCGGUGGAAGUCUACAAGACCUGGAUCAACCAGACCGAGACCCAGACCGGACACAAGAGCUCCCUGCCCUACGAGGUCUCUGCUAAAGACGCUCUGUCUCACCCUGAAGUUCAGAGACGCAUCGACAUCGCCAUCAUCAACCUGAAGAACCUGACGGACAGAGUCCUCAAAGCCAUCACCUCCAACCUCCACAAACUGCCGUAUGGUUUACGUUACACGGCGAAGGUCCUCAGAGACGCCCUGAAGACAAAGUUUCCUGAAGCCAGCGACGACGAGCUCUACAAGAUUGUAGGUAACCUGGUCUACUAUCGUUACAUGAACCCGGCCGUCGUGGCUCCGGACGGUUUCGAUGUGGUGGACCGCUCGGCCGGCUCCGCCCUGCAGCCAGAGCAGCGUCACAUCCUGGGCUCCAUCGCCCGCAUGCUGCAGCACGCCGCCGCCAACAAACACUUCCACGGAGACGGAUACCACGUCAGAGCUCUGAACCAGUACAUCAGCCAGACUCACACCAGGUUCAGGAAGUUCCUGUUGAGCGUGUGUGAUGUUCCUGAACCGGAGGACAGGUUCAGUAUGGAUGAAUACUCAGAGCUGCUCAUCGUCAACAAACCCGUCAUCUACAUCUCUGUCAGCGAGCUGCUCAACACGCACAAGCUGCUGCUGGAGCAUCAGGAGGUUUUGUGUCCGGACUCUGCCAACCCGCUCAGACUGCUGCUGAAGGACCUGGGAUCAGUUCCCACCCUGCAGGAACUCAUCGGAGAGUCUUCAUCAUCGUCAUCCUCAGCAGAUCCAGGAUCAGAGUCUCAGAGCUGUAAGAUGGAGGUUUCUCUGACUCUCACCAGCAAGUUCGACAUCUUCAGCGAGACCGAUGACAAACCAGACGCCAGAGGACUGCUGCUCAGCACGAAGCAGCUGAUCAUCGACGUCAUCAGGACUCAACCAGGUGACUCUCUGAGGGACAUCCUGAGGACAUCCCCCUCACAUGACCAGGAAGUGUGUCACGAUUGGCUGAUGCAGCGGCGUGCUCGGCAGGACGCUCUGACACCUGAGAAGAUGAAGAGGAACCAGUCGCUGGUUGCCAACAGCAACCUGAGUUUGGAGGAGAAGAAGAGGAAGAUCCUGAGGUGUCUUCGUCGUCUGGAGGGACUCGGAGUCCUGAGGUCACCUCAGACCGAAAACCAGAUCCUGCAGAUGAUCGCCAAGGACAUCCGUCAGCAGCGUCUGCACCGUCAGCGUCGGGGGGCGGAGCUUGUAAAGCUUCGUCAGACCCUCAGCAGUCUGCAGGUAAAGAGCAGCUUCCACAGUGAACAGGUGGACUUCUACAGACAUUACAUCACUUCCUGUCUGGACAACCUGACUGCCAACAGUAAAUCGACCAAUAAGAAGGCAGCAGAGAGCAAAGGAAAGAAGAAGCUUCCUGCUCUGAGUUACAGCGCUGCCCGGCUGCAGGAGAAAGGAGUUCUGUUAGAGAUCGAAGACCUGCCCCCGACACAGUUUAAGAACGUGGUGUUUGACAUUGUUCCUGGACCCGAGAGAGGAAGCUUCAAAGUUAAAACUCGAUUCCUUGGUGUCGAGAUGGAAGAGUUCCUGCUCAAAUACCAGGACCUGCUGCAGCUGCAGUAUGAGGGCGUGGCCGUGAUGAAGAUGUUCGAUAAAGCGAAGAUCAACGUCAACCUGCUCAUCUUCCUGCUCAACAAGAAGUUCUUCAAGAAAUGAACCGAGUGACACUCUCACCGUGUAUUUCUAUCUUUGUCUGUCUCACUACAUCAUUUUUAUAUGUCACUAUAUACAACAGACUGAGGCGUCCAUCUCUACACUCCUAUCUCUGUUUAUAAUCAGAUAAUCUUUAUAAUUUUUCCCAUGAAUGUUAGUCACAUUUUUACAAUCAGAGAUCGAUACGGAUCAAUAAUCAUGAGUCAGUCGUGAAUCUCACUGUAGAGUGAAGCAUCUUCCUCACACACUUAUUGCUGAAACUCACUUUUAGCACUUUAUUGACCUACUUUAUAUCUCACUAGAAUUUAAACAGAGUGGGAUGUCCUGUUCACACUCCUAUCUCUGUCUUGAUGUCUCACUACAUGAUCUGUUUCUAUAUCAGACGAUAAACAGACUGUGUCUCUGCCACUAACUUCCCAUCAUGUGUCCUUCACUCCCCUUUUUAUAUCUCACUGGAACUUUGACAGAGUGGGACAUCUCAGUUUUUUUGUCUCAGCUCAGAGUCAUCCUAUAUCAAACUUACAACAACUUGUUUUUAUUUUUUACAACUAAAAUCUCUGUUUUAACAUCUCAUUACAAUGUUUUUGUAUCCUACAUAAAGUGCAGAGUGGAGCAUCUUUCCUCACUCCUGUCUCACUCUAGAAUCUAAAUAGAUCUUUAUCAGUCCUAUCUCUGCGCCUAACUCUAAAACUGGAGCACUAAAAAAUGUAAAGAGUGGGACAUCGUUCAUAUCUAUAUGAUAAUGAUGAUAAUGUCUGAAGUCAGUUUUAUUUUGAAGGUCCUUUGAGGCCACUGAACUGAUCAGUAUUGAUCAGGUGGAUAUCAUUUAUCAGUCUGGAUCUGUUUGUACUUUCACCUCAAAGUUUAACUUCAUCCCAGAAAAUUAACCAGAAUGCAAUGUGAGCUGGUCUGAUACCCACUGAUCAAUAACAGCUGGCUGAUCAAUAACUGUAAAUAUUUGCUGUCUGUUUCUGUUUUCUCUCUUUUCUUUUUUUCUCCUGGUAAAA